UUCCCUCUCAAACGCCCCCCCCCCGAAAAAAAACAAAAACAACAACAAAAAAGACUUCUAACCCUGACCAGACCAGAUUAUUUUGAAUGACAUCUCUUUCUCUGUCUGUUCCAUGAGCAGUUCUGUGUGUAGGGAGAUCAGUCCUUGUGUGUAGUGAUUUAAUCUGGUUUCUGUCUUCUCAGCUCAGAGUUUUUGAUAGGGCUUUCACCUACUAGGCCACAGAGAAAGAACCAAAUGAUAGGGGAUUCCAGGGGGGAAGGAAAGACCCAAACAUUUGAAUGGCCUAAUGAGCAAAUCACAUUUCUCUGGGUCUGUUUCCUUAUCCAUAAGUGAAAAAGUUUGGUGUAUGUGAUCUCUGGGGUACUGCUCAGCUCUUGACACUCUGUGGUUCUGGGUAGUAGUCGAAAGCAGCUCUCCUCUUCCUGAAUUCUCCAUCCUUGGACUGGACCUCUCGUCUGUUUAUACCUUGCUGCCCAGUUUGUUUCUCCUGGGUGUCUUUUCUUCCUCAAUUUCCUCAAAUCCUACUUGCUUCUUAGCUCCUUCAUAUCCUCUUUGUUUUCUAUGUUUCUGCAGAACCCCAGAUUACACCCCUGGUCUCCAGUUCUCCAUGUCCAUGUCUGCCUAUUCCUUUCUGCAUCACUGGCUCCUAACUCAAGCAAUCUCCUCGGGUUCCUCUGAGGGGCCCCUGGGAUCCCCUAUCAUUGGUCCCUCUCACAGAUGCAUACCCUUCUCCAGAGCCAAAGGAUCAGAUAUUCAGCGGCUCAGGUAACAAACCUGCUGUCAGGUUACAUAUAUUGUUUCCUGAAAGACCACACUACAGUGUCAGUGGAGCCUCAGGCUGCCUGCAGUGCCCUGCCCUCACCUGGCUAUCUCACAAAGGUGAGAAUAACCAGAACUCACCUCCGGUACCAGUGUUCACCUGGAAACAUGGCUCUGAGCCUCUGCCCCCUGCUGCUGCUGCUGCUGCUGCUGUCCUUUGCAGUGACUCUGGCCCCUACUGGGCCUCAUUCCCUGGACUCUGGUCUCUCCUUCCUGAAGUCAUUGCUCUCCACUCUGGACCAGGCUCCCCAGGGCUCCCUGAGCCGCUCACGGUUCUCUACAUUCCUGGCCAACAUUUCUUCUUCCUUUGAGCCUGGGAGAAUGGGGGAAGGACCAGUAGGAGAGCCCCCACCUCUCCAGCCGCCUGCCCUCCGGCUCCAUGAUUUUCUAGUGACACUGAGAGGCAGCCCUGACUGGGAGCCAAUGCUAGGGCUGCUAGGGGAUAUGCUGGCACUGCUGGGACAGGAGCAGACUCCCCGAGAUUUCCUGGUGCACCAAGCAGGCGUGCUGGGUGGACUUGUGGAGGUGCUGCUGGGAGCCUUAGUUCCUGGGGCCCCUACCCCAACUCGGCCCCCGUGCACCCGUGAUGGGCCCUCUGACUGUGUCCUGGCUGCUGACUGGUUGCCUUCUCUGCUGCUGCUGUUAGAGGGCACACGCUGGCAAGCUCUGGUGCAGGUGCCGCCCAGUGUGGACCCCACCAAUGCCACAGGCCUCGAUGGGACGGAGGCAGCUCCUCACUUUUUGCAGGGUCUGUUGGGUUUGCUUACCCCAACAGGGGAGCUAAGCUCUGAGGGGGCUCUUUGAGGCGGUCUGCUACGCACUGUGGGGGCCCCCCUCUAUGCUGCCUUUCAGGAGGGGCUGCUCCGUGUCACCCACUCCCUGCAGGAUGAGGUCUUUUCCAUUCUGGGGCAGCCAGAGCCUGAUGCCAAUGGGCAGUGCCAUGGAGGUAACCUUCAACAACUGCUCUUAUGGGGCAUCCGGCACAACCUUUCUUGGGAUGUCCAGGCGCUGGGCUUUCUGUCUGGAUCACCACCCCCACCUCCUGCCCUCCUUCAUUGCCUGAGCACGGGCGUGCCUCUGCCCAGAGCUUCUCAGCCCUCAGCUUACAUCAGCCCACGCCAACGGCGAGCCAUCGCUGGGGCCCUCUGUGAGAACCGCUCAGGCCCAGCACCACCCUACAGCAUUUCCAACUUCUCCAUCCACUUGCUCUGCCAGCACACCAAGCCUGCCACUCCACAGCCCCCUCCCAGCACCACUGCCGUCUGCCAGACAGCUGUGUGGUAUGCAGUGUCCUGGGCACCAGGUGCCCAAGGCUGGCUACAGGCCUGCCAUGACCAGUUUCCUGAUGAGUUUUUGGAUGCGAUCUGCAGUAACCUGUCCUUUUCAGCCCUGUCUGGCUCCAACCGCCGCCUGGUGAAGCGGCUCUGUGCUGGCCUGCUCCCACCCCCUACCAGCUGCCCUGAAGGCCUGCCCCCUGUUCCCCUCACCCCAGACAUCUUUUGGGGCUGCUUCUUGGAGAAUGAGACUCUGUGGGCUGAGCGACUGUGUGGGGAGGCAAGUCUACAGGCUGUGCCCCCCAGCAACCAGGCUUGGGUCCAGCAUGUGUGCCAGGGCCCCACCCCAGAUGUCACUGCCUCCCCACCGUGCCACAUUGGACCCUGUGGGGAACGCUGCCCGGAUGGGGGCAGCUUCCUGGUGAUGGUCUGUGCCAAUGACACCAUGUAUGAAGUCCUGGUGCCCCUCUGGCCUUGGCUAGCAGGCCAAUGCAGGAUAAGUCGUGGGGGCAAUGACACUUGCUUCCUAGAAGGGCUGCUGGGCCCCCUUCUGCCCUCUCUGCCACCACUGGGACCAUCCCCACUCUGUCUGACCCCUGGCCCCUUCCUCCUUGGCAUGCUAUCCCAGUUGCCACACUGUCAGUCCUCUGUCCCAGACCUUGCUCACCCCACACGCCUACACUAUCUCCUCCGCCUGCUGACCUUCCUCUUGGGUCCAGGGGCUGUGGGCACUGAGGCCCAGGGGAUGCUGGGUCGGGCCCUACUGCUCUCCAGUCUCCCAGACAACUGCUCCUUCUGGGAUGCCUUUCGCCCAGAGGGCCAGCGCAGUGUGCUACGGACAAUUGGGGAAUACCUGGAACGAGAGGAGGAGCGGCCAACUCCAUCAGGCUUUGAACCCACUGUCAACCCCAGCUCUGGUAUAAGCAAGAUGGAGCUGCUGGCCUGCUUUAGUCCUGUGCUGUGGGAUCUGCUCCAGAGGGAAAAGAGUGUUUGGGCCCUGCGGAUUCUAGUGCAGGCGUACCUGCAUAUGCCCCCAGAAAACCUCCAGCAGCUGGUGCUUUCAGCAGAGAGGGAGGCUGCACAGGGCUUCCUGACACUCAUGCUGCAGGGGAAGCUGCAGGUACCACCAUCCGAGGAGCAGGCCCUGGGUCGCCUGACAGCCCUGCUGCUCCAGCGGUACCCACGCCUCACCUCCCAGCUCUUCAUUGAUCUGUCACCACUCAUCCCUUUCUUGGCUGUCUCUGACCUGAUGCGCUUCCCACCAUCCCUGUUAGCCAACGACAGUGUCCUGGCUGCCAUCCGGGAUUACAGCCCAGGAAUGAGGCCUGAACAGAAGGAGGCUCUGGCAAAGCGACUGCUGGCCCCUGAACUGUUUGGGGAAGUGCCUGCCUGGCCCCAGGAGCUGCUGUGGGCAGUGCUGCCCCUGCUCCCCCACCUCCCUCUGGAGAACUUUCUGAAGCUCAGCCCUCACCAGAUCCAGGCCCUGGAGGAUAGCUGGCCAGCAGCAGGUCUGGGGCCAGGGCAUGCCCGCCAUGUGCUGCGCAGCCUGGUAAACCAGAGUGUCCAGGAUGGUGAGGAGCAGGUACGCAGGCUUGGGCCCCUCGCCUGUUUCCUGAGCCCUGAGGAGCUGCAGAGCCUAGUGCCCCUGAGUGAUCCGAUGGGGCCGGUAGAACGGGGGCUGCUGGAAUGUGCAGCCAAUGGGACCCUCAGCCCAGAAGGACGGGUGGCAUAUGAACUUCUGGGUGUGUUGCGCUCAUCUGGAGGAGCGGUGCUGAGCCCCCGGGAGCUGCGGGUCUGGGCCCCUCUCUUCCCUCAGCUGGGCCUCCGCUUCCUGCAGGAGCUGUCAGAGCCCCAGCUUAGAGCCAUGCUUCCUGUCCUGCAGGGAACUAGUGUUACACCUGCUCAGGCUGUCCUGCUGCUUGGACGGCUCCUUCCUAGGCACGAUCUAUCCCUGGAGGAACUCUGCUCCUUGCACCUUCUGCUACCAGGCCUCAGCCCCCAGACACUCCAGGCCAUCCCUAGGCGAGGCCUGGUCGGGGCUUGUUCCUGCCUGGCGCCUGAACUGUCACGCCUCUCAGCCUGCCAGACCGCAGCACUGCUGCAGACCUUUCGGGUUAAAGAUGGUGUGAAAAAUAUGGGUACAACAGGUGCUGGUCCAGCUGUGUGUAUCCCUGGUCAGCCUAUUCCCACCACCUGGCCAGACUGCCUGCUUCCCCUGCUCCCACUAAAGCUGCUACAACUGGAUUCCUCGGCUCUUCUGGCAAAUCAAAGACGCUACUGGGAGCUGCCCUGGUCUGAGCAGCAGGCACAGUUUCUCUGGAAGAAGAUGCAAGUACCCACCAACCUGACCCUCAGGAAUCUACAGGCUCUGGGCACCCUGGCAGGAGGCAUGUCCUGUGAGUUUCUGCAGCAGAUCAACUCCAUGGUAGACUUCCUUGAAGUGGUGCACAUGAUCUAUCAACUGCCCACUAGAGUUCGAGGGAGCCUGAGGGCCUGUAUCUGGGCAGAGCUAAAGCGGAGGAUGACAAUGCCAGAACCAGAAUGGACAACGCUAGGGCCAGAACUGAAUGGGCUGGAUAGCAAGCUACUCCUGGACUUACCGAUCCAGUUGAUGGACAGACUAUCCAAUGAAUCCAUUAUGUUGGUGGUGGAGCUGGUACAAAGAGCUCCAGAGCAGCUGCUGGCACUGACCCCACUCCACCAGGCAGCCCUGGCAGAGAGGGCACUACAAAACCUGGCUCCAAAGAAGACUCCAGUCUCAGGAGAAGUGCUGGAGACCUUAGGCCCUUUGGUUGGAUUCCUGGGGAUAGAGAGCACACGACAGAUCCCCCUACAGAUCCUUCUGCCCUCAACCACCAUCAUCAGUGGGCAGCCUGUUCCAUAUUCUUAAGCCCCCGAUUUAAUUCCUGUCCCCAGGAAACCAGAGUUGUGGAGCCAGGAUGAAGUAGAGCAAGCUGGAUGCCUAGUAUUCACUCUGUCUACUGAGGCAAUUUCCUUGAUCCCCAGGGAGGCCUUCGGUCCAGAGACCCUGGAGCGGCUUCUAGAACAGCAGCAGAGCUGGGAGCAGAGCAGAGUUGGACAGCUGUGUAGGGGGCCACAGCUUGCUGCCAAGAAAGCAGCUCUGGUAGCAGGGGUGGUGCGACCAGCUGCUGAGGAUCUUCCAGAACCUGUGCCAAAUUGUGAAGAUGUACGAGAGACAUUCCCAGCAGCCUGGUCUGCAACCCAGAUUGCAGAGAUGGAGCUCUCAGACUUUAUGGACUGCCUAACACUAUUUGCAGGAGACCCAGGACUUGGGCCUGAGGAACUGCGGGCAGCCAUGGGCAAAGCAAAACAGUUGUGGGGUCCCCCCCGGGGAUUUCGUCCUGAGCAGAUCCUGCAGCUCGGUAGGCUCUUAAUAGGUCUAGGAGAUCAGGAACUACAGGAGCUGAUCCUAGUGGACUGGGGAGUGCUGAGCACCCUGGGGCAGAUAGAUGGCUGGAGCUCCACUCAGCUCCGCAUUGUGGUCUCCAGUUUCCUACGGCAGAGUGGUCGGCAUGUGAGCCACCUGGACUUCAUUCAUCUGACAGCGCUGGGUUAUACUCUCUGUGGACUGCGGCCAGAGGAGCUCCAGCACAUCAGCAGUUGGGAGUUUAGCCAAGCAGCUCUCUUCCUGGGCACCCUGCAUCUCCAGUGCUCUGAGGAACAACUGGAGGUUCUGGCCCACCUCCUUGUACUGCCCGGUGGGUUUGGCCCAAUCAGUAACUGGGGGCCUGAGAUCUUCACUGAAAUUGGCACCAUAGCAGCUGGGAUCCCAGACCUGGCUCUUUCAGCACUGCUGUGGGGACAGAUCCAGGGUAUUACUCCUCUUGCCAUUUCUGUCAUCCCUCCUCCUAAAUUUGCUGUGGUGUUUAGUCCCACCCAACUAUCUAGUCUCACCAGUGCUCAGGCUGUGGCUGUCACUCCUGAGCAAAUGGCCUUUCUGAGUCCUGAGCAGCGACAAGCAGUUGCAUGGGCCCAACACGAGGGGAAGGAGAGCCCAGAACAGCAAGGUCGAAGUACAGCCUGGGGCCUCCAGGACUGGUCACGACCUUCCUGGUCCCUGGUAUUGACUAUCAGCUUCCUUGGCCACCUGCUAUGAGCCUGUCUCUACCAUAGAAGGAGAUUGUGGGGAGAGAAAUCUUAAGUCAUAAUGAAUAAAGUGCAAACAAGUGCAUAAUGAAUAAAGUGCAAA